AUGCACGAUCUUUGGGAAAAGCGUGCAAAAUCCUCUGCGGAUACCAAAGCAGUUUUCUCGGAGGAAGAUCUUGUAGAAUCCUCUGCGCCAUAUUUGCCAUCUGACACAAACUGGCGUAGACCAAAGGGUAUUGAUUCUAGAGUCCGAAGGAAGUUCAAGGGAUAUACUCUGAUGCCUAACAUUGGCUAUGGUUCGGACAAGAAGACACAUCAUUAUCUUCCAAAUGGCUUCAAGAAAUUUGUUGUCCACAAUGUCAAAGAAUUUGAACUGUUGAUGAUGCAUAACAGGACUUAUUGUGCUGAAAUUGCACAUGAUGUGUCAACUAGAAAGAGGAAAGAGAUUGUGGAGCGAGCUGCCCAGCUAGAUGUUGUUUUCACGAAUAAGCUAGCUAGGUUGCGAAGCCAGGAGGACGAAUGAGCUUAACAUAGAUUGGGAGUGAGAACAUCUAGUUUGCUUUCUAGUUUUUGAUAUUUAUUAUUUUUUUUGCAAUCAAUUUAACUUGGGUGAUUAAUAUCCUUAUGAUGAAACUUGUUAUUUAUGAAGUGCCAUAGAACCUCUUCUCACCAGCCUGCUUUGGUUUGUCCUGGAUUCCAUAUGAUUAAUCUUCAUUCAAGUUUCAUGCUUGUAAUAAGUAAAAGCAGACCUUCAGUUAUUAUGACCCAAAACACUAUCGAAUGGUACCUGCUAGAUGAGUCUUGUGACUAAUCAGAACAUAAAUUGUUCAAUGGGAAUCAACUUCAUAGAGCUACUCAACCCUUCAAGCAGAAUUCUCAAGGCUCUCAAAACUGUUAUUCUUGAUUGCCUGGAGAAACACAGUUUUGUUUUAGGUUAUUUGCCUUGUGCAAUAAUACAAGUAUCAUAAGCAAGUAAUUAUAAGUUUAUUACAAUGUAUGCUUCCUGUGUUAAGUAAUUCAUACAAGGUAUUUUCAGGUUCUAGUGUGCUGUUGUACCAUAAUCGGCCUACGAAAGUAAAAUUGAAAUAAAAACAAAUAUCAUAAUAGAAAUUGAAAC